AUGAACCGCGUGGUGCUCGCCGUGUUCGCCCUCCUGCUCUCCAGCCAUGGCUGCGUCGCCGAUGAGCAGACAACGACCAUGGAGGAGCGCCGCCUGACGGAUGACGCCACCACCAUGGGCGACGACACGACGAGCGCCGCGCCUCGCACUGGAAGCCCAGGCACCGUGCUCCUGGCGCUCCUCGCCUUCCUCUACGUGGGCAGCGCGGCGGGUGCGGCGCUGGACGAGUCCACCACGAUGGCCGACGAGCCUCGUAGUGGCGCCCUUGGAACCAUGCUCCUGGCGCUCAUCGCGUUCCUGUUCGUGGGCAACGCGGCUGGGGCGGCAGUGGACGAGUCCACCACGAUGGCCGACGAGCGCCGCCUGACGGACACCACCAUGAGCGACGACACGACGAGCCCCGCGGCCCCCCGCGCGGCGUUCCGGACGGCGCCGCUGUUCGCCCUUGCUGCGGCGCUCGGUUUUGCAGCCCAUCGCUAA